UUUUGCUCUCCGAAAGUGAACUCGGGCGGGUCGUGUCGGUUUUCCCGAAUUUGGCUUCCCUCAGUUACAGUAGGUCCGUUACUUAGGAUAGUCGCGGUGUGGAUUCGUUUGUCCGUUUCUUUCUUCUUCGGUGUUCCCCGAGUGCUGGGUCUUUUUGGGUGGAAAGAUUUUUGAUUCUAGACCGUGGUGUGGUUUUUUCGGUGUUAAGUGUGUAAGGGAAAGAAAGGCCUAAACGGGAAUUCAAGCGUGUUGCCCAAGAGUGUAGCCGCCCCUAAUUGGAUCGAUACAAGCGGUGGAUGCCGGUGAACUAUCAAGUGGAAAACUAGCGUCAUUAAGCGGCAGCGGGUCACAUUGUGUCACAGGGAACAAAGGAAAUUUCGGAAACGACCCCCAGGAGAGCAAUCAAGGAUCAGUCCCGCAGUGAAUUUCGGUUUGUGUCAGUGUUGUAGAAGAAACAGUGUGUAUCCUAGCAGAGCCUAGAGAAGUUCCAUCGUUACGCGCGUGUGUUCCUCGUAGUACCUAAUUGAAUUAGCGACCCAACGACGUGACGCGACAGUGGUAGUGACGUCGUGUACGUGUGGUAGGCAAAGGAUAUCAACCCACUCCGGGCGGUCGUCGCAGCAGGCGUUGUAGUGAGAAAGGAGAACAAAAUUUGGUGAUAAAUAGACACAGCCUAAUAACAGUAGAAGGACCUCUGUAGAAGCAGCAAAGAUGUCGGCCUGGAAUUACCAUCCAUCACUGUCGGAAGAGGAACGAGAUGAAUACAACGAUGGCUCAGUCAAGCUGCGGAAUCCCAACAUCGAGCUCAUGGACCAGGACAUUCUGUACCAUUUGGCGUUGGGCAGCGGCAGUCACGAUCUGCAGGAAAUGUUCGGCGAUGUUAAGUUCGUCUGCAUGGGUGGCACUCCGAAGCGUAUGGAAAACUUUGCACACUUCAUCAUGGACGAAAUAGGCUACAAACUGCCCGCCGGCACUCAGCUCCAGGACAUUAGCGCCUUCUCCUAUCGGUAUUCCAUGUACAAGGUCGGACCAGUGCUGUCGAUCAGCCACGGAAUGGGAGUGCCUUCGCUCGGCAUCUUGCUGCACGAGAUGAUCAAGCUGAUGUACCACGCCAAGUGCAAGGAUCCGAUCUUCAUCCGGAUUGGGACGUGCGGUGGAAUCGGUGUUGAAGGUGGUACCGUAGUCAUUACCGAGGAUGCCGUCGAUGGACUGCUCAGGAGUACCCAUGAACUUGCCAUUUUGGGUAAGAUCGUUCACCGUCCAGCGAUCCUCGAUAAGCGGUUAGUUCGGGAGCUGAAAUCCCUGGCGUCUCAGGAUGAUCCAUACGACACGAUCGUCGGCAAGACGAUGUGCACAGCGGACUUCUAUGAAGGUCAAGGCCGCCUGGACGGCGCCUUCUGCGAGUACACCGAACAGGACAAGAUGGACUACCUGGAGAAGCUGCACGACUUUGGCGUGGUGAACAUCGAGAUGGAGUGUACGAUCUUCGCCGCACUCACGCAUUACGCCGGCAUCAAGGCCGCGAUCGUGUGCGUCACUCUGCUCGAUCGGCUCAAGGGCGACCAGGUCAUGUCGCCGAAGGAGGUGAUGAACGAGUGGCAGCAGCGACCGCAGAUCCUGGUUUCCCGGCUGAUCCGCAAACACCUGGCCCAGGCGGGCCACCUGAAGAAUCUGUCGUCGAUCCCGAGUGCGAUCAAGUCGCCGCGGCGCUUCAAGCUGGUCCAGCAGGAGUCGGAAGCGCACGAGUAAGCCGGAGCGAUCGUAGGCCAAGAUCGCAACGCGUACUUAGGGGCAAGUAUGACUUAUAUGUAUAAUUUUCGUGACGAGGAUGAGGAGGUAGAGUAAUGAUCGCGGAAACGUGGUGAUCUGUGUGCAUAGGACAAGUUAGACAAGUUUUAGACACAAGUUAGACGCAAACACACAUUCCAUUAUCGAAUAGCGACUUCGCGACGGUAGUCCGUACUAUCUGAAAGGGAACGGAGACGGAGGCAAAGUGAUAUAGCAAAGCUGGUGUUUUUUUUUUUGGUUGUAAUGAUCCUUCUAAAGAGGAGGUUCCACUACCUAUCAGUACAUGACAUUUUAAGGGCUAAACGUUAUGUUGUAGUUGCGCGGACAUGGUUGCAACGGAUUUUGGCAGGUAAACUACCAAAAAUGUUUCUUUUUGGUAAUUUUCGGAUUUUUCAUGGAUCGUCGUUUCGUGCUUCACACUAAACUUCACAGUUCUGUGAAUUUCAUAUAUUUUACGUGAAUCAGAUAUUUAUCGUGACUUUAAAUGGUUCCUAUGAGAUGGAAUCUCGAUGCUUUCAUUUGAAACAUGUGUUCAAUCAUAAGUGUUGUAUUUGUUUCUUGUUUUAUAAGCAUAAUAGCACAGUCUAUGGUUAUGAGCUAAAAUUUCUUGCUGCUUCGAUCGAAACUGUUGCAAUUUGAGCAUCCCUGAAAUGAACUUUUCCAUUUGAAAAGUUCAUAUCUAGGGAUGCUCAAUUUGUAUAAGUUACAAAAGUGUCGAAGAAAUUUCUGAAGUUUAAUUUUGUUCCACAAAAUCAAGAGCGAAUAUCAAACAAAUCUAAACUGACACAUUCGUUGUUUUUCUUUCCAAAUUUACAUUCCCAAUGCUAAAAAAUUCAUUGUUAAAAAUUCCCACAACAAAAUGACGAAAAUGCCGUUCGAAAUGACAAUAUUUUUAUUUGCGAUACGUGAGUAAUCUCGCAGCCCGCACGUUUCAUUGGCUUGCAACGGCGAUCAAAGUAGGCGCUGUUAAUGAACACUUUCGCUGUACGGCCAUUCCGAGCGAUACCUUUGGUUUGCUCCAACGACAACUUAUGCUGAUACAAUAAAACGAAAAAAAAAGUCAAAGAAACAAGAAUAAGAACCAAAAAAAUACUUAGACAACGAUUAAAUAAAAUGGACGCGCGUUGCGUGAAGCAAGCAUAUACACUAUAAUAUGAAUAACCAUAUUGUUUUCCCGUUGUUCCGUUGAUCCGUUAGCAGAAGCGGUAAACAUUAAGUAGCUGUGUAAUAUUGAUGAUCCCCGCAUCGCGGUACGCUGCGGUGCAGAUGCAAUGCUAGAAAGUAACGAAUAUACAUAUUAAUAGCCUUCGAUUCUAUUUAAACAAAGGAAAAUGUUGCAAACACUUAAAGACAAACGGUACUACCAUAAGACAACUGGCGUUGACGCCUGCGUCUUAAUAUUGUUGCAUGUAAUCAAACAUCCGUACUAGAGAAGCUCUUCUGUUCGGACUCGGACAUCUUCAAAACAAUAGAGAUCGUGGCUCUGAAAAAAAGCAUUUAAUUGUUACCAUAUCAUUUUAUUUCAAGCAGUCACAGAUGACGUUAGAACAAACAUGAACAUGGAAAUUUGAUAUUUCGAUUCGUAUUUGAGUUUUUGAACGUUUUUCUCUAUGAAAGCAAGUUAUACAAGUUCUAAUCUAUUUGAUAAACAAAAUACUGCAAGUACAUCGUUGUCGUUACUAUUGAAUCAUAAAGCAAGAACAAACUAUCCUGAAUGUAGAACCCUGACUAGAGAAUCCCUCUUACUCACACCAAACCACCAUUAGAUGGUAAAGUAGGUUCUCUUUCUCUCUCUCAAACACACUCAAACAACCUAGCGCAUUGCACACAUACAGAUCAAACUACCUACACUAAAUAACGCACUUUUUCCGACAAUGUUUGAUUGUACACUAGGCCGUCCCUUAUUUUGCAAAAUUUAGAAAUGUUAUAAGUUCGUUAGUGGAAAAUGAUCGUUUUAGCUAAAAAAUGAUCGUGUCAAAAUUUGAAGUCCGUAUCUCAAGGCUAAGUGGUCCCUCAAGGGGCCUAAAGUUGUCAAAAAUUGUAUGGGACCAAAAAAACAUGAAAUUUUUUUCGACAAAAAAAUACGCUAUUCUACUAAAACCGGUGAUUUUAGGACCCUAAAGGGCCAAAAAUGUGCUUAGAUUUGCGAUAUCUCUACGCGUUUCCAAGAUAUUGACACAAAACAACUGCAAAAUCAGCAUUUUUGACCAUUUUUUAUAGAUUCCGAAGGAAACUUACCUUAUUUUGUUCAAUAACUCAAAAACGAGCAGAGAUAUCGCAAAUCUAAGCACAUUUUUGGCCCUUUAGGGUCCUAAAAUCACCGGUUUUAGUAGAAUAGCGUAUUUUUUUGUCGAAAAAAAAUUCAUGUUUUUUUGGUCCCAUACAAUUUUUGACAACUUUAGGCCCCUUGAGGGACCACUUAGCCUUGAGAUACGGACUUCAAAUUUUGACACGAUCAUUUUUUAGCUAAAACGAUCAUUUUCCACUAACGAACUUAUAACAUUUCUAAAUUUUGCAAAAUAAGGGACGGCCUAUUGUACACACACACACACUUCUUACCUAUACAUAGAACAAUCUAAUCCUAAACAAUAGCGAAUUGCAAAUCGCGGACAUAGUUUCCGCGAUUGCAAUCGGUGAUAAAAUCAUCAGAGAGAGACAUUGUGAGUAGGCCGUCACGUUGAAAAGUUCAGAGAGAGAUAUUGUCAAAACGUGUCGUUGUGUGUACAAACCGAAUCCAGAGUAAAAAUGGAAGCACGCUGCGUGGAAGGCAACAGUUUAUUAUUAUUAUAUAUUAUACGAUAAAAUAUACCUAUUGAAUAAUUUGAGCGAA